AUGCAAACUGGGAAACUCCUCCUUGGUAAACUCCGCCGAAUUCGCCUGAGUUUCCUGAAAGCUACCGUCUCCAACCAACAAGUCAACGCCCUUGCCAAAGGCCUCAAAUUCGCUCUCACACCACCACGAAUUAACUCGGACUUGUUCAUCGCUAACAUUGAGAAAGGCCUCCAACAACUAGCACCCGGUGGGAAGGUUGACUACCUCCGGCACCAGAUCAGCAAUAUCCUUUACAAGGCCCAACCACAGAAGCCCAAUAUCACCCCAUCAGAGAAACAAGCCAUCAAACAAUUGAAACAAGAUCCGGACAUCGUCAUCGCCCCAGCUGACAAGGGUAAGGCCACCGUUGUUCUAGACAAAGACCAUUUCAACACCAUGGUAGACAACCUGCUAGAUGACACCGCCACGUACAAGAAGAUCAAUAAGGAUCCUACUACUAAGUUGAAUCGUCAGCACAAGUCCACCCUAAAACUACUGCAUGAUAAAUUUGAACUCUCUACAGAUCUCUAUCGCAAGCUAUCAGUAUCCCAUCCUCAACCACCCUAUGCCCGAGCAACUGUCAAGAUCCAUAAGAAUCCUGUGAAAACCCGUCUACUAGUCUGCUCCCGUGAUACAGUGUUUUACAAUACUGCCCAGCACCUUACCAAAGUACUCGCUCCUUUAGGUAAAUCUGCCAACUCCUUCAUCAACGACUCAACAGACUUCUGCAGCAAGAUCCGUGACAUCUCCAAUCCAGGUCCCAUCAUCAGCUACGAUGUUGUGGACCUAUUUACUAAUGUACCAAGAGAAGAAGCGCUCCAAGCCUUACGCCACAGAAUUGAUAAACUUCAACAACCCCUCAACACCAGCCUCUCAACCGACUCCAUCAUCAGUCUCACCUCAACCUGCAUCAACUCCACCUACUUCACCUGGGGGGACGAGAUCUAUGAACAAAUCCAUGGACUUCCCAUGGGCUCCCCUUAUCCCCAUCCUAACCGAAAUUUACAUGACGGACCUGGAAGAUAA